UAGACAAAACAUCCAUUCGUCAGUUUUCGGGCGAGGAGGCAGCGUAGUUUGGUAUUUUAUUGAACGGGCUGCCCAAAAAGUGAAUCCGAAAAUGUCGACGAUGUCAGCUUCCCAGGCCAACAGGGAGCAUGCCUUGGCAGUUUCCCGUGACUUUAUUUCACAGCCUCGUUUGACUUACAAGACAGUGUCCGGUGUGAACGGACCACUGGUCAUCUUGGACGAGGUGAAAUUCCCCAAAUACUACGAGAUUGUCCAGCUAAAGCUUGCCGAUGGCACUAUCCGUUCAGGACAGGUGCUCGAGGUCAGCGGCUCCAAAGCCGUCGUCCAGGUGUUCGAAGGUACUUCCGGUAUCGACGCCAAACACACGCUGUGCGAGUUCACAGGCGACAUUCUGCGCACGCCUGUGUCUGAGGAUAUGUUGGGUCGUGUCUUCAACGGCUCCGGGAAGCCAAUCGACAAGGGGCCCCCGAUCUUGGCCGAGGACUUCUUCGACAUCCAGGGACAGCCCAUCAAUCCGUGGUCUCGUAUCUACCCAGAGGAGAUGAUCCAGACUGGUAUAUCCGCCAUUGACGUGAUGAACUCCAUCGCUAGAGGCCAGAAGAUCCCCAUCUUCUCCGCAGCCGGUCUGCCGCACAACGAGAUUGCCGCUCAGAUAUGUAGACAAGCUGGUCUGGUCAAGGUCCCGGGCAAGUCCGUUUUGGACGACCACGAGGACAACUUCGCCAUAGUGUUCGCCGCCAUGGGCGUCAACAUGGAGACCGCCAGGUUCUUCAAGCAGGACUUCGAGGAGAACGGCUCCAUGGAGAACGUGUGCCUGUUCCUGAACCUGGCCAACGAUCCCACCAUCGAGAGGAUCAUCACUCCCCGCUUGGCUCUCACCGCAGCUGAGUUCUUGGCGUACCAGUGCGAGAAACACGUGCUGGUCAUCCUGACCGACAUGUCCUCGUACGCUGAAGCUCUGCGUGAGGUGUCCGCCGCCCGCGAGGAAGUGCCUGGUCGACGUGGUUUCCCAGGUUACAUGUACACGGAUUUGGCGACGAUCUACGAGCGCGCCGGCCGCGUGGAGGGCAGGAACGGCUCCAUCACUCAGAUCCCCAUCCUGACGAUGCCCAACGACGACAUCACUCACCCCAUUCCCGAUUUGACCGGGUACAUUACCGAGGGACAGAUCUACGUGGACCGCCAGCUGCACAACAGACAGAUCUACCCGCCGGUGAACGUGCUGCCGUCGCUGUCGCGUCUGAUGAAGUCCGCCAUCGGCGAGGGCAUGACCCGCAAGGACCACUCCGACGUCUCCAACCAGCUGUACGCGUGUUACGCCAUCGGCAAAGACGUGCAGGCGAUGAAAGCCGUCGUUGGCGAGGAGGCGCUCACGCCCGACGAUCUCCUCUACCUGGAGUUCCUCACCAAGUUCGAGAAGAACUUCAUCACGCAGGGAAGCUACGAGAACCGCACAAUCUUCGAAUCGCUCGACAUCGGCUGGCAGCUGCUCCGUAUCUUCCCCAAGGAGAUGCUCAAACGUAUCCCGGCUUCCACCCUCGCCGAAUUCUACCCCAGGGAUUCGCGCCAUUAGACCCCACGCGUGAAACGGAACUCGCAAAAAAAUCGACAAUCGAUAAAAUAAGAGCGAGUUUUCGUAGUAACAACUCACGCUUCCCGCCGCUCGACGUUCCAAACUUGAAUUUUGAAUUCUUUUUUUUUUAUUUAUCUAUUGUAGCAUUAAUUGCAUUUUUACAUCUAAGAACAUCGAGCCGCGGUAAUUUGUAAGAUAAAUAAAAUAUUGUUUAUUAUUAUAAUAAAAGUUGUUAAUAGUUUAUUGUAAUGUGUAUUACAUGUAUUACGAUCAAGUUACAAAAUUAUAAACAAUCGUGUUGCUAUUAAAGUUGUCUAUGGUAAGAUUCUGCAAAGAAAAUGUUGCCGUCUUGUAUAUAAUUUCCCAGUUACAAAAUAGUGUGAUUUAGCCUGAAUGGUAGAAUUAAAUAUAUUCUGAAUUAAUGCAAUCUUUCUUUUGGUGCUUCGUCCACUUUGAAAUUUUAUUAUUUAUUUUCUGCACAAAUUGUUGAGAUGUGUUCAAAGUAUGUAAUCUAACAGAAGUACGUUUACGUGAUGAUUCGCUUAAUGGAUAUUUAAAAAAGCAGUUAUACUAAUAAAUAUAUAAUGUAAAUAAACAUGUAGACGCCUGCCCCGUAACGUGUGUUACAUUCCAAAUUAUUUCCUAUUCACUUCAACGCUAGUUAUCCGUGAAAAAAGUGAAAUUAGGAUACUGUUGUUUUCAAUGGAAAUAAAGUAUAGAAAGUUAA